AUGCCUGGCCCAUCGAGGAAUGAUUCUUGGUGGAGCCAGAGUCAAGAACUUUAUAUGCUUCUGAAAAAUUUUGGCAACAGCGAGGCACAUGACUCCCGAGAUAUGAUAUAUGCUCUGCUUGGAAUGUCGUCAGAUGCCAAGGAUUGUGAUGCUCUGCGUGCGGAUUAUGGGAAGUCCGUUCAAGAACUUAUUCGCGACGUCUCUCACUUCUUAUACUUUUACGAUCUUGACCCGACUCUGACCGAACAACUGGGGACAAUACGGGACCUCCUCCUGCAACUCAGGAUCCUCAACAAUAUUGCAGUUGAGAGGCUACUAGAGUCAUUUGACGAGGAGGAUCUGGAAAUUCUGGUGAUUCUUCUUAGACGAGGGGACAUUGAGAUUGCAAACGUGCUCAAGGCCGCCGCGAAGCUGCUUCUCGAGGAGAACGCAGACAUCGAAUCGAGGAACAAUGUAGCCCGGACGCUGCUGUCACUGAUCCCUGAGAAUGGGCCAGAAGUCGUCAUGCGGCAGUUGCAUCUCAAGAAGGGCACCAAUACCGAUUUAAAGGACCGGGAAGGCCAGACGCCGCUGACGUGGGCCGUCACAAAUGGGCAUAAGGCUGUCUUACAGCUUCUGCUUGACAAGGGUGCCAGCAUCGAGUCGAAGAACAGGUCAGGCCAGACACUAAUGUCGUGGAGUGCCCAGAAAGGGUAUGUGACCGUCGUACAGUUGCUAGUCGACAAGGGCGCCAAUAUCAAGUCGAGAGAUAAGGAUGGCCGGACACCGCUAUCGCAUGCCACCAGAGAAGGGCACGAUGCCGUCGUACGGUUGCUGCUCGAGAAUGGCGCCGAUGUUGAGUCGAAAGAUAAGGAUGGUCGGACACCGCUAUCGCAUGCCGCCAUGAAUGGACACGAAGGUAUCGCCAAGCUGCUGCUCGGCAAGGGUUCUAAUAUCGGGUCGAAGGAUAAGGAUAGCCGGACGCCACUGUGGCAUGCUGCUGGGGAAGGACACGAAGUUAUUGUGCGGCUGCUGCUUGACCAAGGCGCCGAUUUCAAGUCGGAGGAUCUAUGGAACCUGACACCGAUAUCUAGUGCCGCCAGGGAAGGGCACGAGGUCAUUGUGCGGCUACUUCUUGAGAAGGGCGCCAACGUUAAGUCUAAGGAUGACCAUGACUGGACACCGCUAUCUUGGGCUGCUAGGGAAGGGCGCGAGGCCGUUGCCAAGCUGCUUCUCGAGAAGGGCGCCGAUGUCGAAUCAAAAGCUAACAAUGGCCAGACACCGCUAUCCUGGGCUGCUAGGGAAGGGCACGAGGCUGUUGCCAAGAUGCUGCUCGAGAGGGGCGCUGAUAUUGAGUCGAAGGAUAUAUGGAACCUAACUCCACUAUCGCAUGCCGUUAGGGAAGGGCAUGAGGUCAUUGUGCGGCUGCUGCUCGAGAAGGGUGCUGAUAUUGAGUCAAAAUCUGAUAAUAGCAAGACGCCGCUAUCAUGGGCUGCCAAGUACAGGCGCGAGGCUAUCGUAAAGCUGCUGCUUGAGAAUGGCGCCGAGGCUGUUAUCAAACGGCCGCGAAAGUCACAGCGGAAAUCACGCAAAUCCUCGGCAAUAUCAAGACGAGGACUGAAGAACCCAGCACUAUGUGGACGUGAUUGA